CAAAGAAAAACACUAAAGUGAUAAACUGAGCCGAGGAGACUUUACAAGACCAUUUAAAAGUGUACUGACAGCAUCUGUACAUUGCAAUUUCUAGUUUAACUUAAGCUUUGCGAGGACUAAUAGACAGUGAUGAUGGAUCUUGAGAGUCAGCUUCUUGAAGAAGGAGGAUUGCUGCCCUCACCCCAGGUGACCGUGUCGUGGAGGAAGUCCGGCGUCUGGCGGGUGUGUGGGGUCCUGCUGGCUGUGGCCCUGUGUGCCGCCGCGGCUGUCUGCUUCACGCUCAACAAGUCUCAGAACAAUCAGGAAGGAGGACAUGCGCUGAGGCUCACAUUAAGAGAUCAUCUUUCAAAACAAAAAGUCACUUCCAAGGCUGCCAUCCAUUUAACAGGUGCAUAUGAACCUAAAGUGUCCAAAGACACCCUGGACUGGAAAAAGGACCAGGACCAGGCUUUCACUUCAGGCGGCUUGGAAUUAGUGGAAAGGGAGAUCAUCAUUCCUACUGAUGGCAUUUACUUCGUCUACAGUCAGGUGUCUUUCCACAUCAAUUGCAAGACUGACAUUCCUGAGGACCAUGAUGUUGUGCAAAUGAGCCACACAGUGUUGCGCUACUCUGAUUCCUAUAGCAGCUACAAGCCACUUUUCAGCGCAAUCCGCUCCGCCUGCGUGCAGGCGACAGACUCUGACGAUCUGUGGUACAACACGAUUUAUCUCGGUGCGGCCUUCAGCCUGCGAGCCGAAGACAGGCUGCGCACCUAUACGACGAAAGCACUCCUGCCUCGCGUCGAAAGCGGCAACGGAAAGACCUUCUUUGGGGUGUUUGCUCUAUGAUAUAUGCUCUAAAAAUCCUUCAAAAUAGGGCACAAUAU